UGGCGCCCUCUGUCGGUCGCACUCGGCUGCGCUGCGUGCAGGAGGACCUCACGGACAGACUUCGGUAAAAGUUUGUUCCCCGCUCCAGACAUGGCCCCAACCGUCCAGCUCAAAGAGGCAGUGGCCGAUGUGAAGGAGGGCAUCCGGGCCAUCCUGCUCGGACCCCCGGGAGCAGGGAAAGGGACCCAGGCCCCUCGUCUGGCAGAGAAGUACUGUGUGUGUCACUUGGCCACAGGGGACAUGCUCAGGGCCAUGGUGGCUUCAGGCUCCGAGCUCGGGAAAAGACUCAAAAAGACCAUGGACUCUGGAAAACUGGUGAGCGAUGAGAUGGUGGUGGAGCUCAUCGAGAAGAACCUGGACACGCCUCCCUGCAGCAAAGGAUUCCUAUUGGACGGAUUCCCCCGAACAGUCAAACAGGCAGAGAUGCUCGAUGAGCUUCUGGACAAGAGGCAGGAGAAGCUGGACUCUGUCAUUGAGUUUGCUGUUGAUGAUUCUCUGUUGGUUCGCAGGAUCUGUGGCAGACUGAUCCAUCAACCCAGCGGCCGCUCCUACCACGAGGAGUUCAACCCGCCCAAAGUGCCCAUGAAAGAUGACGUGACCGGGGAGCCCCUCAUGCGCCGCAGUGACGACAACGAGACGACCCUUCGCUCUCGUCUGGACGCGUACCACAGACAGACCGUGCCCCUGGUGCAGUACUACAGCACCCGAGGCAUCCACACCGCCAUCGACGCCGCGCAGAACCCCAACGUCGUGUUCGCCUCCAUCGUCGCCGCCUUCACCAUUGCCACGGAUUCUCGCGCCGCUGCCUCAAAUUGAGUCCAGAGCUGCUCCCGGGACUGGACUUGGAUCUGGAUCAGACCUGGAUCAGACCUGGACUCAGAGAUGGACAGACAGACGGAGGGAGAGAAUCCACAAAAAGUCACACAGAAUCCUCAUAGUUUACAAAAAGCGUGUUUGAUUUACUGCGAGUCUCUAAUAAUGUGACCACAUUUUCUAUUGACUGUCCAUUAUACCAGCAUCACUACAGCUGUCUUGAAACGUUCUCCUCAAAUAAAUAAUGCUUUUCUAUUACAA